AUGAAGAGAAGGACAGAACCGGAAUUUAGCAGCCCCCAAAAGAAGCAGAAGAAGAGGAUAGAAGACUUGGGAUUAACCCUCAGUUCUACUUCAGAUGAUGAAACUCAAUUUAGUAAUCAUACUACUCAAGAGUCUUCCAGUAGCAGCAGUGGGUCUGACAGCGAGAGCGAUGAAAAAAGACCAGUCUUCAAAGAUGAGUUCAAACAAGACUCUCUUGUGGAGGGUACUUCUGAUGAAAAAAGACCAGUCUUCAACGAUGAAUUCAAACAAGACUCUCUUGUGGAGGGUACUUCAUCUCGUUACUCAAUGUAUAACAGUGUCUCCCAAAAACUCAUGGCCAAGAUGGGCUUCCGGGAAGGAGAAGGUCUGGGAAAAUAUGGCCAAGGCAGGAAGGAUAUUGUUGAGGCCUCCAAUCAGAAGGGAAGGAGAGGCUUUGGGCUAACCCUCAAAGGAUUUGAUGGGGAGCUCAAUAUUGAUUGGCAGGAUGAGCCAGAGCCCAGUGCCUACGAGGAAGUGGAUUGGUGCCUUGAGUGUACCACGGAAAUCCCUGAUGCCCAGGAGCUGAAGGAGUGGAUGACUGUGGGGAAGAGGAAGAUGGUGAUUGAAGAUGAAACAGAGUUCUGUAGUGAAGAGCUUUUACGUAAUGUCCUGCAGUGCAAGAGUGUAUUUGAUGAGCUGGAUGGAGAAGAAAUGCGUCGAGCCCGAACAAGGUCCAACCCCUAUGAGAUGAUCCGUGGAGUUUUUUUCCUGAACAGGGCUGCAAUGAAGAUGGCAAAUAUGGACCAUGUCUUUGACUACAUGUUUACAAACCCUAAGGACUUCCAUGGGAGGCCCUUGAUAAAGGAGCGAGAUGCAGAGCUGCUCUACUUCGCUGAUGUGUGUGCUGGUCCUGGAGGCUUCUCUGAGUAUGUCUUAUGGAGGCGGAAGUGGCAUGCGAAAGGAUUUGGCAUGACCUUGAAAGGACCAAAUGAUUUUAAACUAGAGGACUUCUAUUCCGCUUCCAGUGAGCUCUUUGAACCUUAUUAUGGAGAGGGAGGUAUUGAUGGAGAUGGAGACAUCACUCGCCCAGAGAACAUUACUGCUUUCCGGAAUUUUGUUUUGGACAAUACUGAUCACAAGGGAGUGCAUUUCUUAAUGGCUGAUGGGGGUUUCUCAGUGGAGGGUCAGGAGAAUCUGCAAGAAAUCCUGAGCAAACAGCUCAUGCUUUGCCAGUUUCUUACAGCGCUGUCCAUUGUCCGGACAGGAGGACAUUUUGUCUGCAAAACCUUUGACCUGUUUACUCCAUUCAGUGUGGGACUUGUUUAUCUGCUGUAUUGCUGUUUUGAGCGAGUGUGCAUCUUUAAACCUGUGACAAGCCGCCCUGCUAACUCGGAGAGGUACGUGAUAUGCAAAGGAUUAAAGCUUGGGAUUGAUGACGUGCGAGACUAUCUCUUCAUGGUGAACAUCAGACUCAACCAACUGCGCAAUUCUGAUGUGGAUGUGAAUCUUGUUGUCCCAUUGAAUGUGAUCAAAGGCGACCAGGAUUUCUAUGAUUACAUUGUCCAGUCCAAUGAAAACCACUGCAAAGUUCAGAUAAAGGCACUAGCUAAAAUUCGUGCCUUUGUUCAAGACACGACACUGAUUGAGCCACGGCAGGCUGAAAUCCGAAAGGAGUGUCUCCAGCUAUGGGGGAUUCCUGAUCAGGCUCGUGUUGCUCCUUCAUCUUCAGAUCCCAAGUCCAAGUUCUUUGAGCUGAUCCAGGGCACAGACAUUGAUACCUUCAGUUACAAACCCACUCCUCUGAAUUCCAGUACACUGGAGAAAAUUCGCCAAGUGUUAGAUUACCGGUGUAUGGUGUCUGGAAGUGAGCAGAAGUUCCUCUUGGGGCUAGGGAAAUCACAGAUCUACACCUGGGAUGGUCGCCAGUCAGAUCGCUGGACAAAGCUGGAUUUGAAAACUGAGCUGCCACGAGAUACCCUUCUCUCUGUGGAGAUUGUUCAUGAACUAAAAGGAGAGGGGAAAGCCCAGCGAAAAAUCAGUGCCAUCCACAUCCUUGAUGUCUUGGUGCUGAAUGGCAAUGACGUUCGAAAGCAGCAUUUCAACCAGAGGAUUCAGCUGGCGGAGAAGUUCGUCAAAGCUGUUUCUAAACCUAGCCGGCCAGAUAUGAACCCCAUCCGUGUGAAGGAAGUGUACAGAUUGGAGGAAAUGGAGAAGAUCUUUGUGAGGUUAGAGAUGAAAAUCAUCAAGAGUUCAGGGGGAAUACCGCGGCUAUCCUACACCGGCCGAGAUGACCGGCACUUUGUGCCCACAGGACUCUACAUCGUACGGACUGUGAAUGAUCCCUGGACAAUGGCAUACAGCAAAAACUCCAAGAGGAAAUUCUUCUUCAACAAAAUGACCAAGCAAGCGACAUACGACCUCCCUUCUGAAUCCAUCGCACCCUUUCACGUCUGCCAUUACAGCCGCCUCUUCUGGGAGUGGGGGGAAGGUGUCAAAGUGCACGACUCUCAGAAAAGACAAGAUCCAGAGAAGCUAUCAAAAGAGGAUGUCCUGUCUUUCAUCCAAGCACACUACCCCUAACCUUGGUCUCUUGAGGGGUACAGGAGGGGCCGAGCCCAGCUUGGAUUCUUCAGGAGCUGAUGAGACUGGGGAGGCUCCACGACUUCUAUCCUGGUCUUCUCCAGAGCUGAUUUCCUGGAGGACAUCGAACCGGGGGUGGGGGGUGUAUGCAGAAGGCACAGGACAAGGCUCUACCCUGGCAGUGUAUAUGACAGUACAGCCCAGGUAGCGCCUGCUGCUGGAGUAGUCAUGGUGACUCCUGGAGCCAAGGCCUGAUGCCCUUUUGUCCUAACCUACUGCAUGCAUGACACCAAGGGGCUGGCAGCUUUCGUUGCUCCUGUUCAAACAUUCAGCGAGGUUUGUGGAGCUCUGUGUGCCAGAACUCUCCAGGAUUGCUUCCCUGGCAGUGUGGGAAGGAGCAGAGAUGUCUUGGUGGCAGAGCUGGGCAACAGCACAUUGAAGCAGCCCUGCAUCGUUCCUGGCAGCUGUCUGUCUCCUCGGCCU